AAGUAAGUUUAUUAAAAAAUAAUUUUUAGGAUUAAAAGAAUUAUAUAUUAGCACGUGCAAUAAAUAAAAAAAUAAAUAAAGCCUUAAAAAAAAUAUUGUAUUCUUCCGGUUCCCAAUGGAUAUAUAUAUCUGGUCUCAUGCAUAGGUGUGUUGACUAUGGAAUGCGAAUGCUUCUCAAUCAUGUAAUCAUGAUCCCAUUAUUAUUAUUAUUAUAUAUGGAGUGAGUAAUAAUGAUUAAGAAAUGGUCAAACUGGAUGAAGAUGGUGGCCCUUCCUUCCUUCUGGUUUACUACUACGAAGAAGGAUUGUCUUCUUCUUCAUGGAACUGCUAUUGCUCCUUCUUCUUCAUUGCUUGUAAGAUCUGAUCACCCUUCAUCCCCUACAUCAUCAUCCCCUGUUUCAAACAAUAGGCUAUCCACCACAUUGGAUCAUAGAAAUUCCCGUCCAUUUUCUUCUUCUAUUCAUGUCACCGGAAAGGUAAAGUCUCCAUCAUCACGGAUUGGUGCCGGUGCUGGCCGAAAUGAGCUGGUGUUGGAAAUGGAGGGUACUCAGGCAACAACGAAUCACUUGUUGAACAAUGCCAUUGUUCUAGGAGAGUCGCUUGCUUCUGAGGAAGAUGAUCUCAUCUUGCCAAGCAAUGGAUUUUCUCAACAGGCGACUGUUUCUUCUAUCCAGAAGUAUCUAGAGAUGUACAGAAGAUCAAUAGAGGAUCCUGCCGGAUUCUGGUCUGAUAUUGCGUCGGAGUUCUUUUGGAAAAGGAAAUGGGGGCAAGACGUAUACUCCGAGAAUCUGGAUAUCAGAAAAGGGGAUGUUAAGAUUGAGUGGUUUAAGGGUGGGGUGACCAAUAUUUGCUUCAACUGUUUGGACAGAAACAUCGAAUCAGGCAAUGGCGACAAAAUCGCUCUUUAUUGGGAAGGAAAUGAGAUUGGGAAAGAUAGCAACUUAACAUAUAAACAGCUCCUUGAGAGAGUUUGUCAGCUUGCAAAUUACUUAAAACAUAUUGGUGUUAAAAAAGGAGAUGCUGUUGUCAUCUAUUUACCGAUGCUCAUGGAACUUCCAAUUGCAAUGCUUGCUUGCUCUCGAAUUGGCGCUGUCCACUCGGUCGUGUUUGCUGGAUUUUCUUCGGAAUCUCUCUCCCAAAGAAUAAUGGAUUGCAAACCUCGAGUUUUAAUAACCUGCAAUGCUGUUAUGAGAGGAUCCAAAGUUAUCCAUUUAAAAGACAUAGUUGAUACUGCGGUUAUUGAAUUGGCUCAAAAUGGAAUUACAGUUGAUACUUGUUUGGUAUUUGAAAAUCAAUCAGCUAUGAAAAGGGAAGAUACAAAGUGGAAUAUGGGAAAAGAUAUCUGGUGGCAGGAUGUCGUAGACACGUUCCCUACAUCGUGUAAUGUUGAAUGGGUGGAAGCCGAGGAUCCAUUGUUUUUGCUUUAUACUAGUGGAAGCACUGGGAAUCCUAAAGGUGUUCUUCAUACAACCGGGGGCUAUAUGGUCUAUACUGCGACAACCUUCAAAUAUGCGUUUGACUAUAGGGAAUCGGAUAUAUACUGGUGUACAGCAGAUUGUGGGUGGAUUACUGGUCACAGUUAUGUUACUUAUGGUCCUCUUCUUAAUGGAGCAACAGUUGUUAUAUAUGAAGGGGCUCCAAAUUAUCCAGAUUCUGGAAGAUGUUGGGACAUUGUUGAUAAGUACAAGGUAACAAUAUUCUACACUGCUCCCACUCUGGUGCGGUCUCUCAUGCGUGCUGGAGAUGAGUAUGUUAGACGAUAUUCAAGGAAAUCGUUGAGAGUACUUGGAAGUGUUGGCGAGCCUAUAAAUCCAAAAUCAUGGAGGUGGUUUUACAAUGUAGUAGGAGAUACGAGAUGUCCUAUAUCUGACACUUGGUGGCAAACAGAGACUGGUGGCUUUUUGAUUACUCCUUUACCAGGUGCAUGGCCAUUGAAGCCUGGUUCUGCUACUUUCCCUUUCUUUGGAGUUCAGACUGUUAUAGUAGACGAUAAAGGUGUUGAGAUUAAAGGUGAAUGCAACGGGUACUUGUGUGUGAAAGGAUCAUGGCCUGGGGCAUUCAGGUCCCUUUAUGGUGAUCAUGAGAGAUAUGAAACUACUUAUUUCAAGCCAUUUCCUGGAUAUUAUUUUAGCGGUGAUGGUUGCAGCAGGGACAAGGAUGGGUAUUACUGGCUUACAGGAAGAGUUGACGACGUCAUUAAUGUCAGUGGACAUAGAAUUGGUACUGCUGAAGUGGAAUCUGCGUUAGUUUCGCAUCCUCAGUGUGCUGAAGCUGCAGUUGUUGGUUAUGAGCAUGAGGUGAAAGGGCAGGGCAUUUAUGCCUUUGUUACCUUGGUUGAUGGGAUUGCCUUUAGUGAAGAACUUCGAAAGAGCCUCAUACUUACUGUGAGAAACCAGAUUGGAGCAUUUGCGGCCCCUGAUAAAAUUCAUUGGGCGCCUGGUCUUCCGAAGACAAGGAGUGGAAAGAUAAUGAGGAGAAUUUUGAGAAAAAUUGCUUCAAGGGAAUUGGAUGAGCUGGGAGAUAUAAGCACACUUUCAGAUCCUAGUGUGGUUGAUCAACUUAUUGCUCUUUCAGAUUGCUGAAAUGACCAUUAUCAUCAUUCAUUCUAUAUUUCUAUUUCAGAUUUAAGACAAUAAAUACUUUUCCAUCGGGGGAUUCUUGCUUAGAAUGAAUCGUGAUAGAUGAAUGAUAAAACAAUACAUAAAAUCAUAAAUUGUUGGAGUUUUGUUGUUUUGAAAGAAAAAUUAAUGCAACUUUUU